GGUUGAGAGUAGUUUAGUUUUCUAAAAAUUUGUUGGUUGACAUUCAUGGUUUAAAAUGGAAGAUAAAGCUUUGGUAUAUUUUUCUGGAAUCAAUCCUCUAGCGAAAAAAAUUCUGGAAGACUGCAAGAAAGUUGAAGUGGAGUGCGAACCGGAAUGGGAAAACUGGGACUUAGCGAGACGAGAACAGAUGUUGGACGAUUUCCUUAUACACUCCUUCGUGAAAGAUCGUUAUAGGAACCAGGAUAGUUCUGAGAAAGAUAUUUCUUUCCCGAAGCUAGUAUUGCCGUGUGGGGAAAAAAUUAUUGUUGACUUUGACAACGAUUGUUGGACUUGGCAAGAUGAGCACUCAGGACCAUUUAGCUGGAAGACAAAAAGUCAGCAAGACUUAUCUUUGAAAGAUUUGGAACCAAAUGAGCUGACAAAAGUUAAAUCCACAUCCAAAAUACCUUCAACUGGAACGCCAAAGAAUGGUGGUCACAAAAUGCGAGAUGGGCCUGGAAAACCCGGUGUAUCAAAGAGGAUUUGGGAUUCUCCAUUUCAUGUGGUGGAGAGAAAAGGCGAUUCGGGUUACCCAAGUAGUCAGGACAGCAUGCAGUCCAGUUUUGACGAUGUACGCCAGAGUUUCGAGCUCGAGUCCAGAGAAGACUGUACUGUGCCUGCAUUGAACAACGGUAGAGAUGUUGACAGAGGUCAGAACUCCACCUCAAAGCCAGCUGUAUUACAGAUUUCACAGAAAACCAGUAGUUCGAGCCUCAGUGCACGAUCACCUCUCAAAUCCCCAAUCAUCACCCGUCUUCCUCUAUCGCCUGGUAUUAACAAGAAGGUCAAAGAUGGCCUGGAUGACACUGGUAUGACUCUACUUGGGGAUAGCAAACGUGACAGUGUUGGACAGGAUAACGCUGCCUUUGUCAACCUGCUUGAGGGAGAAAGCUGUGAAAACCUUCCAGGGACGAACACUGAGGCAAGAAUAGACAGGGGUUUACCAGUCAGUGGGGAAUGGUCAAAUUUUGUUGGAGAAAGCAGUAGUGACACGCUUAACAGUGAAAUAUCCUCUCCUUCACGCCGUCCCUUAAUCUGUAGUCAGGAUGUAAGUGAUCAAGCCGUAAGAGAGAUUCAGGGGACAACGAACCAGGCUAUUGAACAGGCACCGUCACAAAGCCUUCUCUCAACAGAGGAAGGAGACAAUGAAAAUAACAGCGUAGUCAAAUCUGGGUUCGACUUCCUGGACAACUGGUAACAUUCGUUCACUCUGAAGAUUCCAGUGCAAGAUAUUAGGUAACGUCUUUAGGAGAAGUGAUCUGAAUUGUUUUGUUUCUUUUUUCAUUCUCUUGGGUACUAGCCAGUAGACAUGGUUUGCAUGUGAAUUAUUUCAUGUUAAAGAGCAAAAAAUCAAACUUAUUUGAAUGUGUAAUUUUUGUACAACUACAUAGACAUCAUUGCACUUCUUGAAAUAUUUGAUGCAGUUAUACUAAUGUCACCUGAUCCCAUUUCAUUUUGUCACUUAGUAAUUUAAGGUUUUUUGAUAUGGUUUUGAUACUAGCUAAUGUAUAUGUAUAACUCUGCAUUUGUAUGGUUUUGGGUUUUACAUAUUUAUGUAUCAUAGCUGGUGACUUUAAAUUUUAUAUUUGAUACGAUUGAAUUACCUUUGAGCUACAUAUAUUUAACGACAAAUCAUGUAAGUUGCAUUUUUUUCUGUGAGCUUUCAUAGUACAUUUAUUCCUCAUGCAGGGAAUAAACUAAAGCGCAGAGAAAAAAUGAUUGAUGGAGAGCUUUCAAUGUUAGUUUCUGUGUUUUAAUAUUUACAUUAAAGUACAUGUAUGUACACAGAAAAGAAACUUUGGAUCAUCAUCGCCGUAGGUGUGGCUCCCUGCUCUCCUCUGUUUUGUAAUGGUAAUUUUGAAGACUUAUCUUUUUCUGCCUGCAUCAUAACCAUGUUAUCAACAGACUGAAAUGUCACUCAUUGCAGCUUCAUGCCGGCCCUUGUUAAACUUUUUUCACAAUCAGAUUGUUACCAAAAUAGUGCUAGUGAAUAUUUAGGGUUGCACCUAACAAAAAUCCUGAAAUGUUUCUAAUUGCAUCCUUUUUUAUGCUGAAUAUUGAGAAUUUUCUAAUGGCCUACUUUUCUUUGCUUCUGGCACGAUGUAGUUUUAAUCGAGGUGGCUAGAAUGCCUAGUUACCAGUAUUUUGAAUUAAAUAACUGUGUUUAAAUAAUAAUAAACAAAAAAGAAACAUCAUAAAAUUGGUACAGUGUACAUAAAAACUGUGAAUAUGUUGUCUUUGAAGCUGGACAUGAUGCAUGCACUUGGAUACUGUCAGUUACAGAGCUAAAUGCUUCUUUUAGUUGCUAAUGGGAAAAUCUGUGAAGUGGUUUGCUGUGUUUUUGACCUGCCAUAGAUCAGCUUCUCCAGCAGUGAUGCCAAUCAUAAUGUGGACUCUGGUGUUUCAAGCAAUUGUCACAUUGCAGAUGUAUAACCGGUAAUGCAUAUACUCAGAUAGCUACCUCUUACAUGAAAUAAAAAAAAGUUGUUUCUGAAAAGCUUCUCUUUUUUUAAAUUAACCUGGUGGAUGUAUCAGGGUUUGUAUUAUUUGAAUUGGUAACACAGCCUUUUCUUUGCCUGUUCCAGUCUUACACAUCACUUAUCUGAACCCUAAUAAAUCCAGUACUAUUCUUUUAUAUAAGAAAUUGAGGUAAAUAUUGUAUUACUGUCCAUUUCUGAAUGUCUAGGACAGGCCUUUUCCUGAGAGAAGGCACCAUUUUUGUGAAAAAUCGCAUUAUUAAUAUUCAUCUGAUUGAUUAGUUUUAAACUGGACCAAUAUUGAUGGUUCUGUGAGGCAAGCCAUAAAUUUUGAUAGUAAGCACAUAAUUACAAAUACUUGUAAAUGUCAUUGUCUUGAUAAACACAACACCUGUCCGUGAUAGAUGGUCUUAAAACCUGAUGACAUCAUAUUCCUGUAUUUAUCUGCACAUUUCUUAAUUGCCAUUUGUAAAAUACAUCACUGCUAGCUGUUUAUAGACAGUUAGUGACUGCUCUGUUACUAGAAAAUCUUGGAAUGUUAGUUUCAUCUAAAAACUUCAAUAUUUUAGAUAUUAAUUAAGAUUAAAUGCAUAUGAUAGAUAUAUAAUAUUCAUGGCUCAAAAAUUAACCUUUUCUUUUGUUGGGCAAUCUUGCACCGUUUGAAAAGUGUCUAUUUUAUGUGUGAACUGUUCAGACCUAUUAAGAGAUUGGUCUAAUUUUUGUGACUGAUUUGGUGCAAUUGAGUGAUGGGACGGCAUAAUAUUUCCAUGUGAAUAUAUAACUAUGCAAUGAUUUUGUGGAUCAAACUAUUUUUAAUCACUGGUUUGAAUCAUAGCCACAAAGAGAAAAAUAUCAGUUAAAAGGGUCAUUCAUGUGUUUAUAGUAUAGCGCUGCAAGAAAUGUAUCCUUAAGCUGCAUUUUAUUAUGGUAGAAUUGAAGCCUGAGUUUAUGGAAUAGCAUUCACAUCAGAGUCAAAAGGUCAACAUUCUCUGGAUGUCAAAAGAUGUCAGAAAUUCCAUAUUCAUUAUUUCAAACCUAACCAUGGGACCAGAUUAUGCCAUGAUGUGAGCCAGUGAUACACGUACUGUAAAUCUUCAACCUUUUCAACCUCUAAAGCACUUUUUCCAUUGGAAUUUAUGUAUAGAAUUAGUUGGAAAAUGGGGCCAAAAAUUAUUUGUUUGUGUCACUAAAGAUGUAAACUUCAUAAAAAUGUGCAGAUUAUUUCUCUGCACUCUGUAGUUGUUUCAGAGUGUUUUAAAAUAUUGGUUCCUAAGGUGGUUGAAAAAGUUGAAGAAUUAGGAUGGUUGAGUGGCUAAGAGGCUUAAGUACCUUUCAAUGGCUGGAACAGUCAAGGUGUUGGGUUAGUUCCAGUCUUGGACGCAGAAUCAUCAAAAUUCACCUGCUUCCAAUGUUCUCAAAGCCUUGGUGGCAACGAGACUCGACAGUGUUGGCGAGGCCAUUAAUUAUGUGGUCUUACAUGCAUUCCAUCGAGGAGGAUGUGCCCUUCACGAAAAACCAGUCAGCAUUAAACACGUAACAUGAAAAUGAAUAAAUCACUGUCUAUAACAAAUGUAGCAUCUGGUAUGUUUUUGUAUAGUGUUUAAACAAGGCAGCACUAUAAGUACACCCUCUAGGUUUGUCUGAGCAGAACAGGUGAGAAAAAAGAACAAAUACAAGUACCUAAAAUGGGUGGACUAUAACUUGGGCAGUCAAAACAAUCUCUGUAUAUAUUAACAUAAAAAGGAAAUAUUGCAUCCAACCCCAACAAUUUAAUAUUGGCUUAGCUGUUAUAAAGUUUACCUAAAUAUUCAUUGUUUUUCAUGGUCUUGUAUACAUUUACUGUAACAGUGGUUGUGCUGAAUAUUGUAAAACUUUAACAUUAUGUGUCUUUCUGUAUAUAUGAUUUUUAUUCGUUAUUUUGUAUCACUGUAAUACAUGUACAUGUAUGUCUUUGUAGUUUUUUUUUAGGCUUUUGCUCAUGUGAUAUGUUUUGUUGGGAUAUAGCCACUGGUUAAAGAGGACUUUUGAUAAAUGUUGGUCGAUAGGGGACUACUUGUCAGCCCAAGGGAUGAAAAUUCUUUGGUUAUGUCCUAUAAGACAUUUACUCUGACAAUUCCCACCAUGACCGAGUCUUUUGGAGAACUCUUGUUGACAUGUGCCUUUCCUCAUUUCACCUGUAUCAAGUUUAGAACAGAGCUUUAACAACAUGCAACUUAUUGUAAGUAUUACCAUAAACUGUUAACCUAACGUUUAUUAGUGUGGAAGUGUCAUUUGCUGUUCGAACCAGUGAGAAGAGUGUUUUCUUAUUCAACAAAAUAGUUAUUGUUUUAUGGUGUUGUCAUGGUUUGUGUAAUUCAACGAAUGCAUGUUUGGAACGGCAAGACUAAAAUAAAGCCUCCAGCUGGCUGAUGACGAUGGAAGUAAUGUUAGUACUGUGCUGUGGAUCUAGAUGAUGUCUGUACACAAUGUAAUUUUUCUUUUCUUGAGUGCAAGACUGUACUUGGAAACCAUGAAUUUCAAGCUGUUAAUGACGAGGAAAGCCGUGUAUUCAUGUAAAUAACAGAAUUAUAAAUACUGCAGUUCAAGGGGGGUAACCAGUGGAUGACAUUCACUGGGUUACUAUGUCAGUGAUCAAUUAUUCUAUAGCAGCAGAAAGUUUAUGCAAUUUUUGACCAAACUACCACCUCAGAUCACGCAGUUAAGGAUUCAACAAUUGAAGUGUCCAUUCAGUCUUUACAUCUUCAUGUUAGGGACAUUCCUUCAAUGGGCUUCCAAAGUUUUGUCAGAAGCCUAUUAACUAAUGGGUUUCUGGGUUUGUAUACUGUAAACAAAUUAAUGUACAUGUG